GUCGCCGAGUUUGCCCCUGCGUGUCCUUCCUUCCGCCCUAAGGCACACCGCACACGCUCCUACUAGAAACUACAUACGGGGCGAAGAAAGCCACAACCAUCCCCACUUUCUCCGACUCCCAUACCCAUUUCCGCUCACCUUUUCACUCUCGGAUUCGUCCUCCUUCCUAAACCCGUUUUCUGUUCCCCCUAUCAACGACGCCAUGCAAGAGGCGGAUCAACACGACCUCUCCGACGAUUCCGACUACGCCGCUUCCCAACAACAGGCAAUUGGGAGCGUUGUGCGAUGUGAUUCAGCUAAAAGUGGAGUCAGUGAGCCCGGUGGAUCGGAGGUCGUCUACUCGAAGGACAAUGUGACGAUCCACCCGUCUCAGUAUGCUGCGGAGAGGAUCAGAGGCCGAUUGCGUCUUAUCAAGCAAGACUCUUCCUUGUUUAUGAGUUGGAUACCCUACAAACCAAGUAUAGAUGGAGCUGAUUCUGUGGGACGACACUCAGAUUUAGUGCCAAUAGAAAAAGAUAGAUAUCUAUACACCAUAAAGGCCCUGCCUCUAGGCGAGGUUCGUUCCAUCCGUAGGCACACGCCGACACUUGGCUGGCAAUACAUAAUUGUUGUUCUUUCAUCAGGGCUUGCAUAUCCUCCUUUUUAUUUCUAUAGUGGAGGGGUCCGUGAAUUUCUUGGUACAUUGAAGCAGCAUGUUUUUAUUGUGAGGUCUGCGGAAGAUCCAAAUGUUUUUCUUGUGAAUAAUUUUCAGGAUCCUCUGCAGAAAAGCCUGUCGUCACUGGAGCUACCACGGGUUGUUUCCAUUGCAAAUGGAACAUCACUACACAAUUCAAUUAGUUUUGCUUCAGCUGAUAAUUCUGAACAGCUGAGUGGAGUUAGAAAUGAUGGAUCUUCUUCAAUUUCUGAAUAUGGUUCAAGGCAGAAGCAUAGGUCUCAUGACCCUACUCGUGAUAUUUCACUGCAUGUCUUGGAGAAAUUUUCAAUGGUUACCAAGUUUGCCCGUGAAACAACCUCAAGUCUCUUCCGUGAGAAUCAUAUUAAUAGCAUCAAUGCCUAUGAAAAAAAGCAACAAGUCAGGUAUGCUGAGGAUAAUAGUAUAGAUAGUAGGCAUAAGGAUGAGCAAGCAGCUUCAGACAAGGUUUCAGUGGCCUCCGAUCCAUUAGAGUUUGAUAAAUUACCUCUAGUAUGGGGAAAACAAAGAGAACGCCCUCUAUACCUUGAAGAGUGGGCUGCUUUCUUAGAUUCUGAAGGGCGAGUAAUGGAUUCAAAGGCGCUAAGAAAAAGAGUAUUCUACGGUGGAGUUGACCAUGAUCUGAGAAAAGAGGUCUGGAAGUUUUUGUUGGGAUACCAUGAGUAUGAUUCAACAUAUGCUGAGAGAGAAUACCUUGCUGCAGUAAAGAAAUCAGAAUACGAAGUCAUUAAAUCCCAGUGGCAGAGCAUCUCACCCAUGCAAGCCAAAAGAUUUACAAAGUUUAGGGAACGUAAAGGCCUCAUUGAGAAGGACGUGGUGAGAACAGACCGAUCAGUUCCAUAUUAUGAGGGAGAUGAGAAUCCCCAUGUUGCAGUUUUACGUGACAUACUGUUAACAUACUCGUUCUACAAUUUUGACCUUGGAUAUUGCCAAGGAAUGAGUGAUCUUCUAUCACCAGUAUUGUAUGUUAUGGAGGAUGAGUCUGAGUCAUUUUGGUGUUUUGUUGCAUUGAUGGAACGGUUAGGACCCAAUUUUAAUCGUGAUCAGAGUGGCAUGCAUUCUCAACUUCUGGCAUUGUCCAAGUUGGUGGAGAUUCUUGACAGCCCUUUGCACAACUACUUUAAGCAGGCCGAUUGCUUGAACUAUUUCUUUUGUUUCCGCUGGAUUCUUAUACAGUUUAAAAGGGAAUUCGAGUAUGAUCAGAUAAUGCGAUUGUGGGAGGUACUGUGGACGCAUUACCUGUCGGAGCACUUCCACUUGUACCUAUGCGUUGCAAUCCUGAAGAGGUACCGCAAGAGAAUCAUGGGGGAGCAGAUGGACUUUGAUACCCUCCUUAAGUUCAUCAAUGAGCUCAGUGGCCACAUCGAUCUUGAUUACUCCUUGAGGGAUGCUGAGGCUCUGUGUGCGUGUGCUGGAGAGAGCGGAGCUGCCUGUAUUCCACCCGGGACCCCACCGUCCCUUCCAAUUGAAACCGACGGUGGGCUUUAUCCACAAGAAGACGACGUACUGUGAAAAUGUUUCAACCUGAAACUAGAUUGUUUAGAUUUACUUUCUGAUUUUUAAGUACUUUGGCGUAUUAUAUGAAUCGAAAUGAUAUUCUGUAAAUAGAUAAUGGUGGGGUGACUGCAGUGCUUUGCACCAUACGCAUGUAUUUGUUUUCAUGAAGAAUCAAUAAGUAGAUUAUUUGAAAUUAUACUA